GUUGCGGUACAAGCUGCUGGAGGGGGACGGCCCGGAGACGGGUUGGGUGAGCGUCAGGCUCCAGGCCAAGCGGCUGGUGGUGCCCGCAGUUCCGGACGCUGUGAUGGCAGGCCGGGAGGGUGGCCGCCAGGUCGGGGAGGCGGCGCCCGCGAUGACCUUCUACGCCAUCAGCGACGUGCACGUGGAGUGCAGGCAGAACCUGCAGUGGCUGCAGGAGCUGCCCAGGUUCGAGCGCUCUGCGAUCCUGGUGGCCGGCGACCUGGGCGUGUCUCUGAGGCAGAUUCGGGAGGCGCUGCUGCUCUUCCGGCAGAAGUUUGACCACGUGUUCUACUGCUUCGGCAACCACGAGUGCUGGGCACACGAGAGCGCCGGCGACGAGGACUUCGCCGCCUUCUCCGACUCGUUCGGGAAGCUGGAGGUGCUGCGCUCGGUGUGCGAGGAG